AUGACGGCGCGGGCCCGGGGCCCGCUGCAGGCCGCGCAGCGCAGCGCCCUCCACCUGCAGCUGCAGGUCGACGAAUUGCUUCAGCAGAGUCUAUCGGAGGGAAACUUAGAAGGCGAGAAAAGGAAGGGCAUCUAUCAGAGAUGUGUCCAGCUGAAAAGAGCAAUAGAUGAAAAUAAAGAUGCUCUGCAAAAGCUAAACAAAGCUGAUGAACCGGCCCCCGUGGGGAAUUAUAUAGAGCGGAAAGAAGAGGAGCGGCAACGCUUGGAAAAACUAACCCAGCAGCUGCAGAAACUUGCCGUCACCUUGAGUCGGGACAGUAAAACGGAAGAUGGGGAACUUAGUAAUGAUCAGACAGAACAAGAGGAGGAAGAAGAAGAUGAAGAUGAAAGUGAAGAAAGUGAAGAAAGUUCAGAUGAGGAAGAAACAGACGAAGAGGAAGAUGAAGCUGAUGAAGAGAAUCCAGAUAUAAAUAAAUAUAUGGCAAUUGGUGACUUUGUUGCUCAGCAAGAGGGCGACCUCACAAUUAAGAAAAGUGAGGUUCUCCUGAUACUUGAAAAGAAACCAGAUGGUUGGUGGCUAGCCAAAAACUCCAACGGAAGCCAAGGCAUCGUUCCCAAAACCUACCUGGAGCCCUACGAUAAAGAAGGGAAAGGUCAGGAGUCAAGUGAAGAGGAAAGUGAAGAAGACAUAGACAUGGUAGAUGAAACAGCAGAUGGGACCAAAAUUAAACCGAGGACAGAUUCUCAUUGGAGUGCUGUCAAAAAAGCUAUCACAGAGGUUAACACGAUCGACGUGUUGACCACCAUGGGAGCUAUUCCUGCAGGGUUUCGCCCAUCAACACUCUUUCAACUUUUAGAAGAAGGAAACCAGUUCCGAGCAAGUUAUUUCCUACAACCCGAAUUGAGCCCUUCACAACUGGCUUUUAGAGAUCUGGUGUGGAACUCUGAAAAAGGCUCUAUUAGACCCAGACCAAGUCGGGUAUCCCUGAUUCUAACCUUGUGGAGCUGUAAAAUGAUUCCUCUUCCAGGAGUCAGCAUACAGGUCCUCAGCAGACACGUUCGCCUCUGUCUAUUUGAUGGUAAUAGGGUUCUGAGCAACAUUCACACAGUCAGAGCCAGCUGGCAACCCAAAAAACCCAAAACGUGGACCUUUUCUCCUCGAGUAACUGGCAUCUUGCCGAACUUGCUGGAUGGGGAUUGUUUCGUGCGGUCCAAUUCCCCGUGCUCAGACCUCGGGAUAUUAUUUGAACUUGGAGUCACUUACAUUCGCAAUUCAACCGGUGAAAGAGGAGAGCUGAGUUGCGGUUGGGGGUUUCUCAAACUUUUCGACUCCAGUGGAAUUCCUGUCCCCCCUAAAACCUACGAGCUUUUCCUGAAUGGUGGCACCCCGUAUGAAAAAGGCGUUGAUGUCGAUCCAUCGAUAUCAAGAAGAGCAAGCAGCAGUGUUUUCCACCAGAUGAUGACGAUGAGGAAACAGCCUCAACUUCUAGUGAAGCUAAGAUCGCUAAACCAAAGGUCAAGAGGCAUAUUAAAUCUGCUUCCAGAAACAUUGAUUGGCAGCAGGUGCUACAUCCACCUGUUGAUCUUUUAUCGACAAAUUCUUGGUGACGUGCUCCUGAAAGAAAGAGUAAGCAUGCAGAAUGCAGAUUUAAUUAGUAACCCAAUCCUGGCCACGUUUCCCCGGCUCCUGGAACAACCGGACCUUAUGGAUGCGCUCAGGAGCUCUUGGGCAGAAAAAGAAAGAACUUUAAAGAGAGCAGAAAAGAGAGACAGAGAGUUUCUGAAGUCCACGUUUACCCUGGUGUACCUCGACUGUGUGUACCCCCUCCUCCAUUCCACCCUCCUCUCCCCAUUCAAAUGGGCAGAAGAAGAAUCAGAAUCCUCUCGUUGGAAGGUGAUCGAUGACUUCCUGAAGCAAAACCAAGAGAACGGUGGGUCCCUGCACGCUUUGCUCGCCCCAGAAAGCGCGCACGACCCUUUUGACAUUGCAGAGCAGGCGUAUGACUUCCUAGAGGAAGCCAGGACAAAUGUGGCUUUGGUAUGAUUCAUCCCCAGAGCCAGCGGUUGAGUGGACUGACCGCAGGGCUCAGCGACCCAGAUUAACUUGCUUUGGAGCAAAAAAGAGAGAGGAAAAACGGUUGGCUUUGGCAUUCUGUACGGAAACUCUCUUGUGAGAAAAUCAUAUGUACGAUCCCGGCCACGGGAGCAGGCUUUAAGUAACAAUAAAAGGUCAUUUGAAAUGUG